AUGCGGUUUCGUACGCAGGUGGCCGACGUGUCGAUCUUCACGCGCGUGGUGCAGUCGAUCGGCAAGGUGGCCAACAAGUGCAUCCUCAAGCUCACGCCGGACAAGAUCCACAUGAUCUGCCUGGGCGAUACGGACGGGACGCAGAUCUGGUCGCAGAUGCAGGUGGACUCCAUCUUCCAGGACUACCGGAUCGAGUCGAACUUCCAGAACCACAUCAACCUCGAGGUGUCGCCGGAUACGCUGCUCAAGGCGUUGCGGUCGGCCAACAAUGCGUACAGCGUGAUCCUGCGUCUGGCAAAGAGGGGCAAGGAUCCGCUGCUGAGCUUUACGAUAUCGGCGCAGAGCCACACGGGCGCCAAGUUGGAGGUGGUGCAGGAUGUGCUGAUCAAGGUGCUCAAGCCGGCCGAGAUGAGUCGUGUGGUGGAGCCGCUGUGUCCGGAACCGGACGUGCACAUCAUUCUGCCCAAGCUGCUCAACCUGCGCACGGUGGCGGAGCACAUGCGGUCGCUCUCGGAUAUUGUGACGCUGUCGGCGAAUCGUCAGGGCGAGCUGCGUCUGUCGGUGGCGGAGGACGAGGUGAGCCUGGACACGACGUGGUCGAAUCUGGCGCAUCCCACCAUCGAGGCGUCGCAGUCGAGCACCGCACAGGCUCCGGACGACCCGGCCGAGCACAAGAGCGUGCAUCUCGAGAUGAAGUCGUUCCUCAAGUUUCUGUCGAGCUACAUUGUAGCCACCACGACGAUCGCGUGCAUCUGCGCCAACCACUGCGCCAUCUUUUACGUCUACAUUGGCGAUGUGGAUAAGAGCAGCGGAGUCAUGACCUUCUUCCUGCCUGGGGUGGUGCGCGAGGAUUGA